AUGAAAUUCAUAUCGACUAUUGUGUUGUUGCUAUUGUCGGUGACAGUCAGUGCGGUAGUCAUCGAUCGUCCGUCUGCCAUCGAAUCAGAACCUGUAAAAGAAUGCUCAACACACAUGCAGCAACACACUGGUAUUUGCGCUUCAACUGGAACAGAACAACAAUCAACUGGAACCAAUCAUGAUGUAGCUCAAUCAACUGUAGAUUCCGAUGAUUCAGACAGCUCUGUUGAAGAGUCCAACGAGCCCGAUGAAUUAUUUGAGUUAUUCGAGUUAUUUGGGUUUGAUGAUGAUAUAUUUGAUGGUGCAUCAUACGACGACGCCUGCCAUCUUCCUAAAAACUAUAUCCCAGAGAACGAGCGACCUAUUCUCACACUUCAGCAAAAACUCGAUGAAGUCGAGGAACGCAUGAGGGAUAUGGGUAUGAAAAUUCCAGAAAAUGUUGGAGACGGAUAUCCACACAAGAUGAGCGCCAAGGCAAAAGAAAGAGUACUAACGGCUAAACAAUCAGGGCGUAGGCGUAGAAUGAGCUCAUCUGAUCAAAAAAAAUUGGAGAAAUGUGCACUAGGAAGAUUAUGGGUGUGUUGCAAGUUGGCUCUUGAACCUCUCGAAGAAGCAUCGAUAAGCGUUGUAUCUGAACCUACUCCAGAAUUAAAAUCCAUCUUGAAACCCGGAUCUACUUUUAAACCCCACGGCUCAAAACACGAUCAUUCUAAAAAACAUCAUCAGAAAUCAAGUCACGAUGCUGGUUCAAGGGAAGCUAAAAUACACUUUAACCCUGAGACUAGAAUUCUUAGAUAUCUAAGUGAAUCUAGCGCAACUCAAGAAUAUGAUCUUCAAUUUCCUCCACCAGAAUCAAGGUUUGAUAGACUCAAACGACAAAUGCUAGAACUCAUUGGAUAUAAAAAGUCUACUUGA